AUGGCAGAGCAAGGCUAUCAGAUUGAUUCUGUGAAAUUCUCCUGCUCCAUAUGUCUGGAUCUCCUAAAGACUCCGGUGACUAUCCCCUGUGGACACAAUUACUGCAUGAACUGUAUUGGAAACUUUUGGGACGAUGAGGACAAGAAACAAAGCCACAGCUGCCCUCAGUGUAGACAGACGUUCACACCGAGGCCUGUUUUGAUGAAAAACACCAUGUUAGCAGAGUUGGUGGAGGAUCUGAAGAAGACUGGACUCCAAGCUGCUCCAGCUGAUCUCUGCUAUGCUGAACCUGAAGAUGUGGCCUGUGAUGUCUGCACUGGGAGGAAGAUGAAAGCUGUCAAGUCCUGCCUGGUUUGCUUGGUUUCAUACUGUGAGAAUCACCUCCAACCUCACCAUGAUGUCCCUGGACUGCAGAAGCACAAGCUGGUGAAUCCCUCCAAGGACCUCCAGCAGAACAUCUGCUCUCGUCAUGAUGAGGUGAUGAAGAUCUUCUGUCGUACUGAUAAGCAGUGUAUCUGUUAUCUCUGCACUAUGGAUGAACAUAAAGGCCAUGAAACAGUCCCAGCUGCAGCAGAAAGGGCUGAGAAGCAGAAGGAGCUCCAGGUGAGACGACAACAAAUCCAGCAGAGAAUCCAGGACCAAGAGAAAGAUGUGAAGCUGCUUCAACAGGAGGUGGAGGCCAUCAAUGUCUCUGCUGAUAAAGCAGUGGAGGACAGUGAGAAGAUCUUCUCUGAGAUGAUCCGUCUCAUCCAGAAAAGAAGCUCUGAUGUGAAGCAGCAGAUCAGAUCCCAGCAGGAAACUAAAGUGAGUCGAGUCAAAGAGCUUCAGGAGAAGCUGGAGCAGGAGAUCCCAGAGCUGAAGAGGAAAGAUGCUGAGCUGGAGCAGCUCUCAGACAUAGAGGAUCACAACCAGUUUCUCCUCAACUACCCCUCACUGUCAGCACUCAGUGAGUCUACACACUCACCCAGCAUCAAUAUUCGUCCCCUGAGAUACUUUGAGGAUGUGACAGCAGCUGUGUCAGAGCUCAGGGAGAAACUAGAGGACAUCCUGAAUCAGGAACAGACAAAAACCACGUUGCCAGUCACUAAAGUGGAUGCAGCCACAAAGAUGGAUGCAGCCAUGAAGGUGGAUCCAGUUCUGAAAGUUGAUGUCUUACAGUCCGAACAAGAACCAACAACAAGAGAGGACUUCUUAAAGUAUUCGCGGAAACUGACAUUGAAUCCCAGCACAGCACACAAAUAUCUGGAAUUAUCUGAAGGUAACAGAAAAGUUACAAUGACUAACAAAGACCAGUGUUAUUCGGAUGAUGAGGACAGAUUCACCAGAAGAUGGCAGGUCCUGAGUAGAUCACGUCUGACUGGACGUUAUUACUGGGAGGUGGAGUGGAGCGGGACCUCAGUCGAAAUAGCCGUCGCUUAUAGGGAUAUAGAAAGAGAAGGGAACACAGACGACAGUUCUUUUGGUUCGAAUGAGAACUCUUGGGCUUUAAGCUGCAGCACAACAGGUUACAUAUUUUACAGUGACGGAGAUCACAUCUCCAUCCCAGGUCCAGUUUCCUCCAGAGUCGGAGUGUACCUGGAUCACAGUGCAGGGAUUUUGUCUUUCUACAGCGUCUUUGGAGCUGACUGCUGUUUCUGUAAGGAGGUGAUGAUUCUCCUCCACAGAGAAAUAACCACAUUCAGUGAGCCGCUACAUGCUGGGAUUUGGCUUUCACGUGCCACAGGAACCACAGCAGAGAUCAUUAAAUUCAAAAAGUAACUGAAAUAAGUGAAGGAGAGUGGCUCAGUUCAUAGCUUGGGUUUAAUUGCACCCUAAAAAUUAAAAGUUACUCAAAU